AUGGGUUCUCUGGCCCUGCAGCUGUACGCUCUCGUCUGCCUGGCGGUUCAAUCGGUUUCUGGCAGCCCCAUCAUGAGUCUGGAGCGGUCGCCUCUGGAAGAAGAUAUGCCCCUCUUCGAUGAUGUCUUCUCAGAGCAAGAUGGUGUCGACUUUAACACAUUGCUGCAGAGCAUGAAGAAUGAAUUCCUCAAGACACUGAACCUAUCCGACAUCCCUUCGCAGGAUUCGGCCAAGGUCGACCCACCAGAGUACAUGCUGGAGCUCUACAACAAAUUUGCAACAGAUCGGACCUCCAUGCCAUCUGCCAACAUCAUUAGGAGUUUCAAGAAUGAAGAUCUGUUUUCCCAGCCAGCCAGUUUUAACGGACUCCGAAAAUACCCUCUCCUCUUCAAUGUGUCAAUUCCUCACCAUGAAGAAGUUGUCAUGGCUGAACUGAGAUUGUACACACUGGUGCAAAGAGACCGCAUGAUAUAUGAUGGAGUAGACAGGAAAAUUACCAUUUUUGAGGUACUAGAGAGCAGAGGGGACAGUGAGGGUGAAAGAAGCAUGCUGGUCUUGGUGUCAGGAGAGAUCUAUGGAACCAAUAGUGAGUGGGAGACUUUUGAUGUCACCGAUGCCAUUAGACGUUGGCAAAAGUCAGGUUCAUCCACCCACCAGCUGGAGGUCCACAUCGAGAGCAGACACGACGGGGCCGAGGGUGCUGACAGGGGACAACUGGAAAUAGACACCAGUGCCCGGAAUAAGCAUGUCCCUUUGAUUGUCGUGUUUUCUGAUGACCAAAGCAACGAGAAGGAGCGGACAGAGGAACUGAAUGAAAUGAUUGCCCAUGAGCAACUUCUGGAGUUGGACAACUUGGGCCUGGACGGUUAUUCCAGCGAACCCGGAGAAGAAGCUUUGCUGCAGAUGAGGUCAAACAUCAUCUACGACUCCACUGCCCGCAUCAGAAGGAACGCUAAAGGAAACUACUGCAAGAGGACCCCGCUCUACAUCGACUUCAAGGAGAUUGGCUGGGACUCUUGGAUCAUCGCCCCACCUGGAUAUGAAGCCUACGAAUGCCGUGGGGUUUGCAACUACCCCCUGGCAGAACAUCUCACACCCACAAAGCAUGCAAUUAUCCAGGCCCUGGUCCACCUCAAGAAUUCCCAAAAGGCUUCCAAAGCCUGCUGUGUGCCCACCAAGCUAGAGCCCAUCUCCAUCCUCUACUUAGACAAAGGUGUGGUCACCUACAAGUUCAAAUAUGAAGGCAUGGCAGUCUCUGAAUGUGGCUGUAGAUAG